GCAGCUUUGGGAGCAUCUCGACGUCGCAAUUCGACACAGUCCCCAGGACGGACCUCUUCAUUAUGAACUCAGCCCGACUUUCCCUCCGGCAUCUGGCCCAAGCGGCCCCAGCCCUCCGACCUGCCGGCGCUUUCCACAUUCCAACAAAUCAAUUACAGUGUCGUCUACAGUCCACUUCUUCCAAAGCGAUACCCAGAUUCGCUCAAACGUCACUAUGGACAUCGAUGAUUCCCAAGUUCAUCCGGAACCGCGGCGCUAAAGAAACCAAGCCGUAUAAGCCGAAAUCCAAAGAAUGGAACCCCGCAAGCUUCUACAUCAUCAUCUUCAUCUUGAUCGGAUCCCAGGCCAUCCGGAUGAUCGCAUUGAAGAACGACUAUGCGGCGUACACACGGUCAACAGAUGCGAAGAUUAGGCUUCUUCGGGAGGUCAUAGAGAGGGUGAAUAAUGGGGAGAAGGUUGAUGUGGAGAAACUGUUGGGCACUGGAGAUGAGGCGAAGGAACGAGAAUGGGAGGAAGUACUACGCGAGAUCGAAGCAGAAGAUUCAUUGUGGCAUCGCAAGGCGGCCGCGUCGGAAGCUCAGCAAGAGCAGGUCGAGGAGCCAAAACAAUCGAUUAUGAAGUCAAUCAUUAAAGAUCCUGCUGUACCUGCAGAGGGACCUCAGGAUAAAGGUUUACCUGCGGAUAGCCCGUCAAAGAAGAAGCUCAACUUCUUUUAAACAAGCGUGCGUCUAUUGAUGGUCAGCAUCGCCGCACGGACUUACACCCGAGGCUACUAUCGAGAUGCGUUUCUCGAAUGAUGAGAACGAACCGUGCUUAUACGCCGGACAAAGUUCCAUAGGUGGUUGCUGUCGGGGGUGCAGAAAGUGCUCGGGAUAUGGUUCUCAAUCAUUCCCCAAUCCGGAAGUAGCGAAGAGGAGAUGACGAUAUCUGACAGGCCAUGCAUAGUCCUCGUUUGCUUGAGCGUGGCCAUCAUCUGUUGUACUUUGCAUAAAUACGC